CUAUAAGAAAUCUCAAACAAUUGCUGGCGUGCCUAAUAGACAACGAUCCUCAAGACCCUUAAAGCAGAAAUGGUGCAGUCUUGCGUAUUUGGCUCCUGGUUUUUGGUGUCCCAUUAAUGAUGCCAGUUAAACCAUGUGACCAGUCAAGCCAAUCACACACCAUGGCAGCAGCUUACAGAUAGGCUCAUCUGUAGGUCAGGGAUUUCUGUAAAUGGGAUGAGGGUGAUUAGCUGGGUUUACGAUGACGUACAGUAUCUUUGUGUUUAAUCAUUCGGAUCUUUGGUGUUUGUCCUCUCUUCACAGGUAGAGCCCUAUUUGCUUCACUACCUGCACACAUUGCUAGUUUUAAUCAUUGUGGAUGAAAAUCUAUUUUGAAUCGUGAUGACAGGGCGAUACACUUGCAUUUACCUUUAGGCCGAUUGGGUCUUUGUUUAUUAUGGGUGCGAAGACAGUCAUGAAAAUAGCCAACAAGUGCUUGCUUUACUGGAAUGGAUUACAUAUUGCACCUUGAGCAACGUUAAACUUUUGUCAGCUGCGUUUUACGAUUAUUUGUGGACUUAAAAGAUAUCUGGACUUUUAAUAGUCAUCCAACAUGGCUCUUAUGAAGGUGAAGUUUGACCUAAAGAAACGGGUGAAGUUGGCCCAAAUGCUUUGGCUCAUGUACUGGGUCUCUGUUAUGGCCAGUGUGCUCGUCUUCAGCAUGGGCCUUUUCUUUAAAAUCGAAUUGCGCAAGAGAAGUGAACUCAUGGACAACAAUGAAAGCCAUUUUGUACCUAACUUGCUAAUUGGUGUGGGUCUUUUGGCGUGCGGCCUCAAUGCAUUUGGGGGCAAGAUCUGCUAUGAUUCCCUUGAUUCCAGCAAGUUUGCAAAAUGGAAAAGGGUUUUGAAGCCCUUUCUCAUUUGUUGUUUGUUCUUCAACGCUUUCCUCGUCCUUACGGCUGUGAUGUGUUUUGCCACGCGCAUACCUCUACAGUUCACCCUCGCUGAGGGGCUGAAAAAUGGCAUGAAGUACUAUAAGGACACAGAUACACCUGGGCGCUGCUAUAUGAAAAGAACCCUGGAUCUCAUGCAGAUGGAGUUUCGCUGCUGUGGCAACAACAAUUAUAAAGACUGGUUUGAGAUCCAGUGGGUGAGCAACCGUUACCUGGAUUUCAGCUCCAAGAAUGUCAAAGAUCGAAUCAGCAGUAAUGUGGAUGGAAAAUAUUUAAUGGAUGGAGUUCCCUUCAGUUGCUGCAACCCGAGCUCACCAAGACCUUGCAUACAACAUCAAAUAACCAAUAACUCAGCUCACUACAGCUAUGACCACCACACAGAAGAUCUUAACAUCUGGAAACGCGGAUGCCGGGAUGCCCUCGUAUCUUACUACGGAGGAAUGAUGAACACGAUUGGGAUACUUGUGCUGCUGGUUACUGCUUUGGAAGUUGCCGUCAUGAUUGGUCUACAAUAUGUUAACACCUCUCUAUCCACGCUGGUAAAUCCUGAAGACCCUGAGAGUGAGAGCGAAGGCUGGAUCCUGGAGAAAACUGUCAAAGAAACUUUUACUGACAUCAUGGCUAAAAUGAAGGCCAUGGGCAAAGGCAAUCAAGUGGAUGAGGGUGCACAGGAAGAGGGUGUUGCCACUGUAAGCUGAACAAGCCACACCCACAGAACUUUGGCCACGCCUACAUGAUGCAAAGUGCUUGGGGACACAGCCUGAAGUCUGGAGCUUACUGUAUAUCCUUAACACUACACAAAGUGAAGACAAUGGCAGUUAGUUAAGCACCUGUGAAGAAAAAAAUGUAAAUAUGACUGUUAGCUUUUAAUUGGUAUAGAAACCCUAAUAUUGACCUUACUAGAUAAAGCACACAUUAAUAUCCAAAUAAAGAGGUGUUUUAAAUAAUUCAUCAACGUGUAUUUUUAACAAUCGUUGCAUUUCACAUUGACAUGGCACUGAAUAAUUAUAUAGUCAAACAUUUACAUAUUUUCUAAUUCAAUUGGUGUGAUUUAUUGCAUGUUAGAGCUGCCAUCAGGCUAUCUAGUCAGGGGUUUAUUUAAAGUAAAGCGAAAAAAUAGCUCCCAUUGUGAUUCUUCAUCAAAAUGCAUAUUUUAAAGUAGGCUAUCUACUAAAAAAGCACUUGAUUUUGGGGAUAGGGCAAAGGGUAUGAAAAAUUAAUUUAUUAUUUUGUGGCCUGCCUGAUGAGCACAAUAAAAUUCAACAAAGUGUAAAGUUCAACAAGUGAUUUCAUCAGAGUUAAUCGGAGAAGCUGACUUUGCAGUUUUGGGAGAUGCAAAAGUUUAGACCCCAAAAUAACCAGGUACAGAGGGGGCACUUGAGAAGACCCCUGGAGUUCAGAAGAAAGCUUAAGAUUGGCAGCUAAACCCUGACCUGUGACUUCUGCAUUCCCAAGUUGGGAUCUCCUGUGCUUUUACACCUGCACAUUUACUUUAUAAAAUGCCAGUGACUGAAACUCA